AUGGACGCCGCACCUGUAUUGAAAUCAACACACUCCCGUACACUGGAUUUACCUCCUAGCUGCCUACAAUUUUGUCGCAAAUAUCCUAGCUAUUUUGUGAUUGGGACCUACAAUUUACAACGCGAGGAGGGCGGCGCUCCGGAGAUGGUCGAGACUGAGCCCGGCGUCGAAAAGAAGUCGCAAAAUCGCAACGGCAGCUUGCUGGUGUUCGAUAUUGGCGAGGAAUCGACUCCGAAAUUAUCCUUGAUCCAGACAAUUUCGCAGCCUUCUGCUUUACUCGACAUUCGGUUCAACAAUGAAAUUGAGCAGAGUCAAGACAUCCUGGCCGCGAUCUCAAGUGUGAUGAUCUUGGGGAGGAUGUUCUCUACCUCCAAUGCAAAUGGCAUCCAGUACUAG